AUGGAGCAAUCAAGGCGCCACGUAGAAGAGCUAUGGGAGCCUGAACUGAAAACCGAGUUCCGAACCGCUUUCGAGCAAGAGAGCCAGAUUCUAGAGGAACAGCAGCUGAAGGAGGAUGAGCUGCGCCGACAGCAACAGUGGGCAGAAAUUGCCCGCAGUCUGACGGGGCAGUGGCAGGACGCGAAGGAUGGGUCCGACGCACCUCGCUGCCACAUCAUCGAGGAGGUCGAUGGAGCCUUGAAGACAUGGCGGUCCGACCGCCCCAGCCAGAAGGCUGCCUUGUGGCUGAACAAGGAUGGCAUCGUAGUGCGGGGCCAGGGCAACUUGCAGCUGGACAUGGUUACGGUUGGUUCGAAAAGAAUACGGUGGAAACACAGGCACGGAGAUGUUUCGGAAUGGCAUUGGAGCGGUCAUUUGGAGGAGAAAAGCCCCUUUGGGAACGUGUGGUGCUCCUUACCUCCUCAUUCCAUUACGAAGCCUCGAGGGGCUGAAAAGCGGAAGUCGGUAGUCUACAAGAGGCUGGGGCAAUUGGUGCUACAGGCGGCUCACCGCCACUACCUGACUGAGCUUGUUCCACGCACCCCUCCAUCAGCUUCAGCUCAUUGGAAAGAGGCUUGUCUGGCAGCUGAAAAUGCAGUAAGGAGGGGCGAUGUCAUUGCUGCCGCUUCCGAACUUGCGACAUGUGAAGAUCGCGUAGUCGAGGGACGCCACUCCUUGGUUCAGACUGCCAGGCAGUUCUGGAAACAAGCUGAUUUAACCGCAGAAGAGACGAGCAUGUUAUUCGUCAGCCAUCCAGCGCUGCAAGAGAAAUUGCUUCGCCAGUCCUGGGGAAAACGGGAACAGAAGGUUGAUGGCAAACAGCUGCGCCGUUUCUUGCAUCGCUGGCACGGGUCGGUUCAGGACCUCAGCCGCACCGACUCCAGAAGAUGGCCGCGGCAUCUGCGCCCUUCGGAGAAUGCCACCAAGGAGCAGCAGGAUGCGGCGAUGAAAAACGUGAUGGAGCAGAUUUUUCAGGCGAAGGCACUCAGCUGGCCGCGACUCCGCUCGAUGCUCGUGGGAGGGCAGUUUUGGGCACAGACAAGGGCGUCGGAUGAUGGCUCUGCUCAAGAGGUCACUGUGGGAACCACGUCCUUCGACGACUUGGUCAAGGCAGUGGACACCGAAGCUUUCCACGAGAAGGCCCAGGCUCUGGGAUUUGAGAGGCUGGUCGUCCAGUUUGGCCGCGGUAGCCACAGGCCGCGGCAGCUGGGAUUGAAAACCGAGUCUUUUGGACUCAAGCCCAGCUUGGACGAAGAGAUGAAGUCCGCCUCCUUAGUGAUCUCCCAUGCCGGAGCUGGAAGUGUCAUUGAAGCCCUGCGGGAGCGAAGGCGGUUGCUUGUCGUCGUCAACCCGGUGCUCAUGAACAAUCACCAGCUGGAACUGGCAGAGGCCAUGCAGAAGCGGGGCCACUGUGCCAUGGCCGAAGAUGCGUCUCACGUCAUACCGCGCUUACAGGAGGCAGCGGAGAUGGACCUCAUUCCCUACCCUGCCGCAAACCUUCAGCCGUGGCAUGAUCUAUUGGAGGAGUCAUGCGGAGUGGCGCCCGCCAAGCCACCACCUGACUGA